CCCAUUCAUGAAAAUCAAUAGUUUUCAUUAUUAGAGUUGAUUCGUAGAAAGAUUUCCAAUCGAUUGGUGCAAGAAUCUCGAAAAUAUAUCCGUGCGUUAGUAUGUUAACAGUCAAAAUCUAACCACUUUUCGUGACGCGAGCGACUUUCGUUUAUCGAAAUUGUACCCCAGUAUAUUGCCGUAAGACGUUAUCCAACGUAAAAAAAAGAGUUCUGAUUGCAGCAUUAUUUUACAAUUAGACUCGCUGAUCCGUUCCAGAUAUUAAACUUCCGAUUACGGAGAAUGAGAAAAAAGCUUUGUGUAGAUUUCUGUACUUUUCUGUUAUAUUCUCAAACCCAAUUUAAUACAAACUUUCAUGGACUAUAAGCAUCAAAAAAUAACUUAACACAUUUGUAAUAACACGCUUUUCCGCUUUUCGUUUCAGGUGCAUACCGCGCAUAAUGGAUAGUAUCCACUUUGUAAUGGGCGGUACGCUGAUCAUAAGUACUGUGCAAAAGAAUAGGACAAGAAACGGUCAAGGAAUGAUUCCUUUACCGAAAUUACUUGAGCUGUACUGCCGUGAAUCGCAAGUCAGUCCCAUUUGCAUUUUCGUCAAAAUUGAGUUGCACCCAAAAAAAUAUUCCUAUUAGAUGUACGUGAUUUAACACUUACAAUCAAAUUUCUUUAGUUUACGUGAUUCCAAUGAAUUUCACGAAGUAAUUCGUUACAUCCAUGUAAUGCUUCGAUCCAAUUCAGCAGUUGGUCACAUAAAUGCUACAUGGAUUAUCACGUAAAAUUUUCGUCUGGCGCAGUACGUUGACGUUACGUGAUUUUCCUGUGUGAAAAAAACAACAAAAUUUCAAUAUGGCGUCGAAUAUCCUUGACGAUCUUGACAUUCCUCGUGAUUUGCUGGAGGUUUUCGAACAGUACGAUAUCAGUGUUUUCGAGCUAUUAACGAUUUCUGUGGAUGAACUGCAGCAACAUUUGCAGCCAACGAGUGUGAGUUGGUGUUACGAUAAUCUGUUUUCGCGUAUCGACUCGUGGAGAAAACGAAACAAAACCCAAAUUUUGAACCUGCUGCUCAAUAAAAAAACGCUGCAAGAGCCAUCGGAUAAGGAUCCUUCGCAUUCAUCAACCGUGAAAUCGGAGCACGAAGAAACCAAAAGUUCGAACGAGGUCACCUUAUGCCAGGAAUCGCAACCUGAAGUGCUGGAAGAGAUUUCAGCAGAAUCGAUCGAAGGCGAGCAAACAUUGUUGUCCGCAGAAGAAAGCCAGCUCUCGGCGGAUUUGCCUGAAAAGGUUAUUGAGCAAAGUACAUCGGGACAAAUACCGCAGCCACGAGAAGAGCGCCGGAGUGUAUCGGAAAACCGGCUGAAGAACAGCCGUCAACUUUGGUAUCGGAAGACGAUUUGACUGGAGAUGAAGGAGAGGAUUUAUCUACACCCGUUCAGUCACAGCCCGACCGUCGUAUUCCGGUGUUUUUUCUUCAAAUUCUAUCAUCAGAAUUGAAUUCAUUGAAUUUAAUUAACUGUACAAUGAACAUUAUGCCUAGUGCUAUAAAUAGAAGAAAUUUUUGUUUUGUCUAAAA